UGAGAACUUUCACCCCAGAACAAUGGAAAGCGAACGUGUGGCUGUAACUUCUGCGAAGGUUCAUUUUACAAGGCAGGGAAGAGUUUCUUUCUUGUCGUUUGUGUAAAAUGCAGCAUGGAUAGACUGUAAGUACAUGAGGACACAAUUUGUUCGUCGAAAAUAAUGCGUCAAGGCCUGGCCACAGAGCUUGAACCUCAACACCGCCAUCAUGGUUCCACAGAGGUAAACAUGGACUCAGAUGCAGAUGAUGUAGAUAAAGGAAAACACGACGGAGACAGCUACCAGAUGGAUAGAGAAGAAGUAGAGGAUUUAUUUAAGAAGCUUGAUAAAAACAACGAUGGAAGGAUAGACGUUAACGAGCUUGCAGAAGGUCUAAAGCAUCUGCAUGGAUCCAGAUAUAAAGCUGGGCAAGCUCAGGUUUGUAUGAAACACAGCAAUGAUAUCACAGCGAGGUUAAAGCUUCCUUUUCUCAUUUAUUACUCCCUUUGUUGCGUGUAUUCUUUCCCAUGAGUAGCAAGACUGAACAAAGGUGACCUCUGAGUUUGACCGUAGAUUCGCAAUAUACUUGAACGUCUUUUAUUUUAUCACGAAAAUAUAUUGUUUUGCUUUUGAGUGUGAAGCAUUUUUAUGCAUUGUAAGCUUGCUUCUUAACUUAAUUUUGCAUAAAUUGCAAUAUCCGUUUUGCAUGCAAUCUUUACUGAAGGAGAAAAUUCCAAAGGAAUAUGUUUAUUGCUUUUCUUCAGACAUAGCCAAUAGCAAUUAUUAUAUAUGCUCUCAGGAAAUUAAACAUUUUUUACAGUAUAGUCGACCCCUAGAAAUGUUUUACAAAAUCCAUAUUUACCCGGAUACGCUUGGCUUGAACUUCACGCUAUGAUUCCAGCAAUUAACAUUUUAAAUUUUACAGAAAGAGCAUCGUUUUAUAGUAUUACAUAUGUUAAUGUUUAAUACCUUUAGGGUUAAACCGUUUUAUGUCGGUUCCAGAAGGAAGUGAUAUUAAUCCUUUCAUUCCUAAUACUGGUCAAAGAAAAAAAUGUACCAAGAAAAAAUUUGUGUAUAUCAAAUUUCUUGUUGUAAACUCCUUUGAAAUAAAUAGUACGGUGUAAGGGUUCUUAUUUACCAAAGGUCCUAAAGAGGUUUCAUUGUUUUGAACGGUAACACCAUAGGAUUUCUUUCACAAACCUAAAAGUUUAAUAGUGUGACAAAUCUCACCAUUAGUUGAUACCAUGCUCCAGGAGUGAAGAGUAAUAUUAUAAUCACGCAAAUAGUUGUGUUGGGUUCAGAACUUUUAGUCUUUACUCUACUGCUACAUUUGUAUUUUUGAGUACAGCAUUGGUCAUGAUAACCACAACAACAACAAUCUUUACUAUUAAGAAAAACAUUGUUACAUUUUAUGGUAGCUCAUGGUAAGAAAAAAAAAUGAGGUUACAUAGAAUGGAUACAUUAUGAUAAAGGGGUUACUAGGAACUAAAUUAACAAACAUUCUGGUGAUUUUCAAUAAAACUUGAAAUAUGAACGGUGUACAGAAAACGAGAAAUCAGAGGUUGAGAUAAUAAUUAUGUAUUGCUACAAUUAUCGCUACUUCUGGCCAACGUUAUGUGACAACAUCAAUUAUUCAAAGUCACAAACUAGACCAAACAGUAUUGGGUCAUUAGCAAAAUGGAGUCGCAGUGCAGCAUGCAGUUUAGUUUGGGCGAUCAUUUUGAUGCGUGUUCACUGAUGGCAUUUAGGCAAUGAUGUAACUUCCCUCAAAUCGAGGCCCUUGGUUUACAUGUAUUCAUACAUGCCAAAACGCAUGCAUUGAAUAUAAAAAGUAAAUACAAUGAGGAAUACAUGACCAUCAAUAAAGACUAAUAGUGCGAGGUAAAUAGUGUGACAUGCAAGACUAAUAGUGAGGAAAUCCUGUUUCAUUUAAAGAGCCACGUUUUCAUGAAAUUGUUUGAAAGCAAGUGAAUGGUGAGAUGACAGGUUUCUCAGAAUUUAUGUAGCAAUUCCUGGAACUCUACAGUAAAAUAAAUUUGCUCUGUUAUUGCAGACUAACUUGGUAGUAUGUAUUCAAUUGAUAGAUUGUUGAGGUUGUUAAGAACUUUUGUGGAAAAUGUGAAAUAUAUUUCUCACACACCUCUGGGAGCUAUUGUCAAGCUGACCGCUGCCAACUGACUAUUUUAUUUCUAAAACUAACGCAGCCUAAGAUUAUAUGUAAUGUAGACAAAAUACAGUAAAAUGAAACAACAAAUAUGCUGACUAUCCUAGUAAAGAAUAUCUAACCAGCAGAGUGUAUGUUUUCAACUCAAACGAAGGGUUGGGUGGGAACUGGGGCUCUGAAAUUUUCGUCAGCAAUGGCGGACAGCAAAAAAGCAACUGACAAACAACACUGAGCACGUGACUCAAAACAACCCCUUGGGCCAAGGCCCCAGUGGUAUGUGAGAGAACAUUUUCUACUUACUUCGUUCCUCAGCCAGUGGAAAAUACAACACAUUCUUGAGAUACUGUUAAGUAAAUAAACGAUCACCCACUUGCGUGUUCGUGUUCAGUUCUACUAUCAUGAAAAUUUUUUCUUAAAACCUUCUCAAGACACAGCUACCCUUAACUGACUGGAGACUGCCCCUUCCCUCCCCCAACACAAACAUGUUGUAAAAUGUUACUUUUUAAACAGAUUAACACAAAACCUUCAGUUGAUUCAUGAGUUGGCUCAUAGAGUCCUUUGAUUAUUUUUGAUGGCGUGACAGUGAAAACCAGCAUUAGAUUUGGAAUUUCUGAUUUACUAUUCCACCUAGGCCACAAUAUUUAGCAAUUAUUGGAUGAGGCUGAUAUGAUUUGAAGAAUUAUGCAGAUCUAGAAGGACAUUAUUAUUUUGCUGAGGCCCCCUUUUCACCCUAGUCUCUCCUCCAGGGGAAACCAGGCAAUACUUUCACUGUACCAAGGACUGUUGUUUGUAAUGAUAGUGAGUUAUUGAAAAUGUUUCUAAGAGGAAGUAAUAGUACAAGAGGUGCAUUCUAAAGUAGCUUUUGUGGUGUGCUUCACCCUUGUAGCAAAUUAUGACACUUGGUGAUCAGAACCUUGAUGGACACAUGUCAUUUGAAGAGUUUGUCAAGUAUGUGACAGAUCACCAGAAAAAGCUGUGGAUUGUGUUCAAAUCCAUCGAUCAAGAUGGCAGUGGUAUGACAAACUGAAUUACACUCUUCUCCGUUUUCUCUGUCUCUAUGAUCUUUGUAUUUUCUUCAAAUGCUAAUCAAAUGUAGACUGAAACGGACUGUCUGUCCUUGAUUGUCCUUCCAGGAAGUGUGGAUGCUACGGAGCUCAAGAAGGCCUUUGAGAAGAUGAAUGUUCAUGUGACCGACAAGGAAGUAGGCCUGCUGUUGAAAAGGUAGAUUACAGCUGUAAGGUCGAGGCUGUGCACCCUGAUGCUGUGAGAUCCUGGGUGCCCAGUGUAUGAUUUCUCUGCAAAAACUGUGAUUUUGUAGUCAUCCAAGAGCAAAAGUUGGGCGCCAGGGGCCUCCAGGGCACUGCUAGAGCACAGCCUUGAAGAUGUUAAGCUUUUAGAUGCAUUCUAUGGAAAUGGCAUAUACUCCUUUCAAAUAGAAGUAUGGUUCCAGAUUGUUACCAUAAGAGUGACUGACAGAAAAAGAGCAAUGUUAUUUGCAUUAAAAAGCACAAGUUAAGUAAUCACAAGGAUUGAUGAGCAGAAAUAGAUUGUAACUCAUACAGGAUAUAUUUGAUUAAAUUAAGCACCUUUUUUGAGUUGUAAUUGGCCAAUGACCAAAAAAGGCUAUACUUGGAAGAACUGCGGCCAUCUAGCAAUAUGUCCCAGUAAAACAUGUCAUGUUUCUGUUAUAAUAUUUUAUUUAUUUAUUUAUUUAUUUAUUAUUUUCCCACAAUAAAGAUUACACAAGCAUUACAUUAUACAAAGAUGUGGCGAGGGGACCUCAGAAAACCACAAGGCUUGUACGAGGAGGCCCCCUCGUUACAAUAAUAUUAAGCAAUAGAACUAUAACAACACACAACAACGGACAGUACAAGACGCAUUAUCGAUAUAGUAGAAAAUCAAAAACUUUCGUUUUAAACGAUUGCAAUGUAAAAAUCGAAGUGACUGAGUUUGGUAAAGAAUUCCAAAUUUUAGGGCCUUGGAACAAAAUAGAAAAUUGUUUGGUGUUAGUUCGGCAGGCAUGAGAACGGAAAUGCGAGGAACUUCUAGUAUUAUAAUUAUGAAUAUUGCUACUAGUAACAAAAAGGUUCGAAAAAAGCGGUGGCAGUAAUUGAUGAUAAUAUGAAAACAUAAAUUGUGCAGUAUAGAAUGAAUUAAUGUUGUAUAUGUCCAAAAUCUUUAAACGGAAAAAUAAUGGUUCAGAGUGCGCGCGAAAAUCUGCAUUUGUAAUAAUUCGUACUGCUCGCUUUUGUAGAAGAAAAAUUCUAUUAAGGUUUGUUACAUAAGUGGAGGACCAAACUGUGGUACAAUAUGUUAAAUAAGGAUAAAUUAAGGUAUAAUAAAGAGACUUUUUUGUUGUUUCAGAAAGAAAGAAACGAGACCUAAACAUGACGCCAAUAGAUUUUGAAAUUUUCUUACAUAUAUAAGUAAUAUGCGGCUUCCACGUUAGAUGCUCGUCGAUAAAAACCCCUAAAAAUUUAACUACCUUUACUUGUUUUAAUAAAACCUCAUCGUACAAGACAGGAUUUAUUGGGAAGCCGACUUAUCAAACGCUUUUGAUAAGUCUAAGAAUAUGCCAACUGUAUAUUCGCUUCUGUCAAUAGCAGUUGCAAUUUUAUUAAUAAGAUGAAUUAAAGACAGCGCUGUAGAAUAUUUUUUACGAAAUCCAAAUUGGCAACAGUAUAAGAUAUCUAAACGAUCUAAAAAAUUUGUAAUACGAUUGUGCAUAACUCUUUCAAAGAAUUUAGAAAAAUUAGAAAGAAGCGAAAUUGGACGGUAGUUAGUGAAAUACUGGGAAUCACCAGCUUUAAAUACCGGAAUCAGUUUAGCAAUUUUCAGUUCAUCAGGAAAUACUCCUUUAAUAAGAGACAAAUUGAUUACAUUGGCCAAAGGCUGAGAAAUGAGAUCAAAGGUGCUUUUUAUUAUAUCCAUUGAAACGUUAUCAUAUCCAGGCGACUUUCCAGAUUUAAAAGAGUUGCAUAUUUGAUUUAGUUCCGAAAUAUUAGUUGGAUUUAAGAUAAGCGACUCAUUAACAGAAGCGCCAAGAAAACUACGAAAAGAUACUUGUGUGUCUGGAAUUUUCCUUGCUAAAUUCGGACCUAUGUUUAUUGUCUGAUUUGAUUUUAUUUAUGUGUCAGACGCUCCUCAUGUAUCCUAGUGGCUUGUUUCUUGUAAUUUCUGUUCAAAGUGACCAGAAAACUAUGUGUAGUUCUUAAGUUUUCUUACGGAGAUUACAAAUUACUUUUAUUUAGAGUACAUUUUAAAUAAAAUUAUUAGUGUUUUAGUUCGUAAAAGUACAUUACAUUAAUUUUAAUCCUUUUUUUCCAAACCUUCAGCAUGGAUAGGGACAAAACCUUAAAAGUAAACUGGAAUGAAUGGAGGGAAUAUCACUUGUUGAAUCCCAGCGGACAUAGUAUGCAUGAUAUUAUUCAGUUUUGGAGACAUCAUACUGUAAGUUAUGGCAUAAUUAGUUUUCAACUAAGGUAUUAGAUUUUGAAUCAUUCACGAAAGUGACUGUGCUUUACUUUUGUUCUUUUUGCUCUUUAGAUAUACUUUCUCUGGAUGAUUCUUUGAUAAGAACGACUCGUCGGCUUCUUCACCCUACUUUGUUGUUAUACUUCUUGUUGUCUCCAUUUUUUCCAUGGUUAGAUGCAUUAUUGCUGUGGAGCCCCAAAAACUUGAAAAUGGUUAACUCAAACUAAUAUUACAUGUACUCUCUUUGGUGGUAUUUUCAGUAAAAUGUAAUAAUUAUGCUGAACUUACACCCUUACUUAGUGAUAGUUUUUUUUGUUUCCCUAGGGAGUUUGAGCUAGCCGUGUUCUACUGAAUUUAAUAUGAUUAAGUUUGGUCCAGCAAAUUAUAUUGCUUUCCGAAAACAUAUGUGGUAAAAUGAUGACUUUUUGAAAUGGGUAAAAGUUAAAUAAUAUCGCUUGAUGUUUCAAUUUAUAGGUUAUUGAUAUUGGGGAGGACAUGACUGUCCCAGAUGAGUUCACAGAGGAAGAGAAAGUAUCAGGGAUGUGGUGGAGGCAGCUUGUUGCAGGUGGUGGUGCUGGAGUAGGUUGGUACAGUGGUUUUUAUUUCCACACAUUUUAAUAAUGUGUUUUGUGUAUUUGAAGUAAUGUCAAGGUUUUUACACCUUUGUUAAUAAGAGUGUAGAGAAAGUAAGUGGAAUAUGAUUGUCCAGGUGGGUGUGGUCCUGAAUAAGCCUGUUUUUGUCAGACAGUGACUAAAGUUUUGGCAACCUGUGUGGUAAUCAUCUUCAGCUUUGUCAAAGCCCUUUUAAUCUGAAGAUGUCUGCCACACAGGUUGGCAAAACAUCAGUCACUGACAACACAAGUCCUCUUUAAGACUGUACUCACCAGCCGAUGUUAUUACUUCACUUAUGACGUGACUCUUGGGUUCAAGCCAUUUACUGAAGUAUAUAGCUACCACUUGUAUGUAAUUUUGGCAGAAUUUACUGGCAAUCUGAUGUUUAUUUUUGAGUAGAAAUUUCCCUGCUUUGUCCCACUUAACUGCAGAGCUGCAAAUAACAGUCAUUUAUUGGACUAUGUGCCCCUAAAAUUUUCCCAGGUCUGACUAGAUCCUGCCUGCAUUUGAACAUGGUGUCUGAGCCGAUUAAAUACUGCUAAAGACUAUUACUCUGUUGCUGAAUGUUUGCAUAGUAAUGGCAAAAAAGUCAAUUAAUGUAUGUCUGACAGCGUUUCUGGUUUAUUUGACUAAAAGGAUGACAUCAGACAAAUAAUAUGUGAGUUUGUUUUUAAAUUUUAGCAGAAUUUGUUUUGUUUUUAAACUGCAGUAUCCAGGACAGCUACGGCACCUUUGGAUAGAUUAAAAGUUUUAUUACAGGUAAGGAUACACUUUUACUGCAUGGAUUAACCUGAGAUCAGGCUCUAUUUUCGUUUGGCUUUGUAAAUAACAUUCCGGUGGGCAUGGCGAAACGAAAAGAGAGCCCCAAUUUCAGCGGUAGCUGUUAGAGAGAAUGUAUGAGAACUGCUCAAAUUGGGCCUGAUCUCAGGUUAUGCAUGGAUCUACAUCUUCCACAUUUUUUCUAUCUAUGAGGUUUUAAAUGCAUAAUAUAAGGUCAUUUUGACCAAUAUAUUGCAAUAGUAUCACCAUAGCUGAAGUAAUUAUUAUUGCAAUCACUGAUUAGUAUGAUAGAAGUGAUACUACUGACAAAAAUACUGUUGACAUUCUAUUGCAAUAGUAAAUUUAUAGUCUUAUUCCACCAAUAUGUGUAAUCAAACUACAUGAUCAAUGGUUUUAUGCUAUGCAAGCUAAACUUGCUAUUUACAUCCUAGGUACAAGCGUCAAGUCAGAACAGAAUAGGAAUCGCCUCUGGUUUCAAGAUGAUGGUAAAAGAAGGAGGUGUCAAGUCUUUAUGGAGAGGAAAUGGUGCCAACGUAGUUAAAAUUGCACCAGAAUCAGCUAUAAAAUUUUUUGCUUAUGAAAAGGUAAAUGCUCUUAAUCCUUUUAAGCACAGAAGUGAGCAAAGUGAAAAUUCAACAAAUUUUCAAAUUCCAUUUUGUAAAAUGCUGAAAAACAAAUACUAUCUUUCCGUGAAUAGUAGCUGGGGGUGAUUGUUUCUUUUUUCACACCAAAAGGGGGCGAUGUAUUCAUGAGAAGGCGAUCAUUAGGGGGAGGCGAUUAUUUCAAAUAGUGCUCACUCGGAGUCGUGCCCUAAAUACUUUAUUCUAUUUUUCCAUUAAAUAAAAAAAAUAAUCACAUCAAAUAAACUGAACAUUGACAUUUAAAGUGUUCCAAAUUUGGUUCCUUGAUUAAUUUUCAAUGUCAAUGUCCUCGGCGUUAGAGCUUGAAUUGUCUCUGAUCAGUUUUGCUGGAUCAGACUCCACUUUUGCUGUAUCCUCCAAGUCUACCACCAUGGGUAUCCCUAGCGGGUGGGGCGGGGGUGAUUAUUUUAAACGUAUCCGUCAAAGGGAGGCAAUUAUUUGAGGGAGGCUAUUAAACGAGUAGUCUCCCUCGCAGCCGUUUUUAGUAUCGUCACGCAACGCUCCUCCCCACUGGGGAGGAGCGUUGCGUGACGAUACUAAAAACGGCUGCGAGGGAGACUAUUAAACGAGGGACGGCUAUUAUUUGAGGAAAUACUGUAGUACCAUGUGAAAAUACUGCUGAUGGGAAUUCAUUUGAAUGGUAACACUAUAAGAUUUCGUAGAGGCUCCUUCAAGACUUAUCAUUCAGUCUUGGAGUGUCAGUAUUAAAGAAAUUCACUAGAAUUGCUGCAAUGUUGGCUGUUGGCAGUUAGUCAACCGCCACCCGGUUAGCUCAGUUGGGUAAGUGCUGGGCUGCCGAGCUGGAGGCCGCUGGUUCAAGUCCCGGCUGGACCAACACUCAGGGUGUUUAAGUAACUGAGGAGAAAGUGCUGCCUUUGUAAAGACAUCUGCAAAUGGUUAGACUUCCUAGUCUUCUUGGAUAAGGACGAUAAACCGUAGGCCCCGUUUCACAAUCCUUGCAUAUAUAAAUUCUGUGGGACGUUAAAGAACUCACACACUGUUCGUAAAGAGUAGGGGACGUAGUCCCCGGUGUGGUGGUCUAUCUCUCAUGGGGGGAGGAACUGUUACGGGCCUGCAGUAAUUGGCGUCAUGCUGUUGCGGUGACCCUGCCAAUAAUUGGCGACUCUAAUAAAAUAAAAUAAAAUAGCUAUGUUGGAUGGUCAAGGAUCAUCAAAGCAUUCUAAGCCUUAGUUGAUACAGUCGUCCUACUGUUUGGCACGAACUCAAGAUCAGCAACAUGAAAAUUAAAACCACGUUAGUUGAAGUUUAAUCUACAUUUAAAUUUUAGGUAGUGCAAAUUUAGACAAUUUCAGCCCUCACCAACUGGCCAUGGAAUUCUUUGAAAUAAGAAAAAUGACCUCUUGAAACUGUGGAAGGUUUAACGACGAAAACUAAACCCCUGGUGAUUUACAUUUUAGCCCCCUUUUCAAAAUCAUUAUUGCCUUAUUUUGAAAUGUCAUUUGUAUAGGCAAAGAAACUGUUAGGUGCGGAUGAUAAACAGCUUGGUGUGAGUGAAAGACUAACAGCUGGUGCUAUGGCCGGUGUAGCUUCACAAACAUCUAUAUAUCCACUUGAGGUAGUAUUCCCUUAUGACGUUUAAUACUCUUAGUUUUAUUGUUUUUUUUGACUGAAGUAAUAGUAGCAAUAAAGAAUAUUUUAUGGCGUUAAAUCCAAAAACUUUACAUGUUUCACAGCCUGUGAAAACAGCCGUUUCUCCUCGCUCCCUGCGGCUAGGGAGCGACAGAAAUUCCAUACUGAGGACAAAAAAUUUUUCUGUCUCUCCUGGCGAAACGUCCCAAGUGGCGAGGAGCGGGAGAAAUUGCUGUUUUCGCAGGCGACAUGUUUCAAUGUAGCUGAUUGUUUUAGACUUGAUAGAUAAUGAACGAGUUUGCUGUUUUCCCCUUAAUUAAGGUGUCUGCUGACUUUAUAAAGGUUCGUUUUACAUAAAAACGAGAACACUCGUGUGAAACAUACUGAGCUACACUGUAUACAUCCAACACUUAUUUAAGGGUGUCCGGUUAUUCGCUGGUUCGCUCAUUACGGGUUUCACUUCAUUUAUUUACUAAAAUUAAAAAAGAAAGAGCCUUUCACAAAAAGGAAAAAAUUAUUCAUGUUGUCUUGCGUUUGUAGGUAUUAAAAACAAGGUUAGCUCUUCGUAGGACUGGUCAAUACAGAGGACUCUUUCAUGCAGCGUAUGUGAUAUUAACAACUGAAGGAGUUAGGAGCUUUUAUCGAGGAUUGUUUCCAAGUCUUCUAGGAAUUAUUCCUUAUGCUGGGAUAGAUCUUGCUAUAUACGAGGUAAGGCUUCAUAUCUGUUAUUUUACAUGGGAAGGCCAUACUUUAUCAAACGCCUUAUCUUUAUACCCAAGAGCUUGAAAUGAAAAUGAAAAUUUUACCCUGGCCACCAGCUUAUUAAUUUUCUGCUCCUGAAACCUCCACAUAAUGGCCAUCUGUACAAACUAGCAGAGGCCAGUAUUUUAUUAUCCCAAAUUGGAAAGUAGCCAUUAGGUUAUCUCUACUUGAUGGCCUCACCACCACUGUGAAGUUUGACUUUUGUUUACGCCAUUUCCUAAGAACAUGUACAGGCCGCCGUGACAGUGAUGACGCUCUUGCCACUCGCAUAGUGGCCACGCCUAUCAAGUUUUGUCCCGUAGAUAGCUUUACUGUAGUUGUUUGACUGUUUGUAGAACUAUUAUAUGAGAGAAGAUCAUCGAAGUUAGACGCAACUUUUGCAGUUGCGAAAAGAAAGCCUGAAAGAAUUCAGGCUUGUACGGGAUUCGAACCUUUGACCUCUGCGAUACCGGUGCAGCGCUCUACCAAUUGAGCUAACACGCCAGCUGGGAGCUGCUCGUUUGUAGAACGCAGUAAUGUAGUCUCUGCUUUUGUAAAUGGACCAGUGAGUGUGUGCUGAUCAAACCUUUUUCUAGGUUUUUCCCUUCGCGUCGCCAGCGUCACAACUGAAUAAGCAUCAUUCCCUUUGCUUCUAAUUGUUGGAACUGUACGGAAAAUGUCGGAAUCAGGUUGCAAUUACAGCCGAUACUGUAACACAGUUAUUAUUACAACUUUGUUUAAGGUUUACUUCAUAAACCCUUGAAGGUUAACCCACUUUAAGAGCAAUAGUUUUCUUUGAUUGCGAUGAUUGUCCAUAGUUCUCAUACUAAUUAAACCCUUUAUGCCCUAAGAGUGAUCAGCAUGAAUUUCUCCUUAUAAUAUCGAUGCUUUAGAAAACAGAGUGGUCAUGAGAAUUGAGGUCGUGAUCAGGGAAGAUUAGUCUAAUUGAUGUUUCAACAAAUUCUCCCCACCACUUCUAUUGAAAAAGUAUUGGGACAGUAAAUGAGAAUCUCAAGUUUGAUAUUAGGGUUUAAGAGGUUAACAGCGGAACACAUUCAGUAAAACUGGAAAUGGCUUUAAAUUCUCGAGCCUGUGCGUCGGAGACUUAAUAUAACCCCAGCAGGUAACGUUGGCAGCGCCGCACGGAAACCUUGUUCUUAGCCCUUAAACAAUUACCGGAAAUACGUUUCGAAUUUCCUUUCAACCUGAUUGGCAAAUUGACAAUGGCUUUUUUAACAGGCCAAUCAUGUUGCGUACUCAAAUCCUGGUACACAUGUGGGGAUCCAGAAGAAGGAUUUCGGCGCUGACUCGCAGACGUACCUAACCAAAGGUUUCAUUUAAUCUGUGACGCAGGCUAGAAAUUCCCAAACUUACGUGUUAGGCAGUAAAGAAGAUUGUGACUGGCAUACCAAUCCAUUUUUUUUUAAAUUUUGCUUUGCAGACUCUUAAAAACCUUUACUUAAAUUACCACAAGAACCAGUCAGCUGAUCCAGGAGUGUUUGUGCUCUUAGCUUGUGGUACAGCGUCAAGCACCUGUGGACAAUUAGCUAGCUAUCCGCUGUCACUUGUUAGGACUAGAUUACAAGCUCAAGGUAAAGUAUUCACAUUACCCCAUCACUUUAUUUCUUUUCUCGCUGUCAGCUUUCUUUACAACGAUGAAUGUUGAAGAUAAUGAUAUAGUCAAGUCUUUCAAGACAAAUACUGUCAAGGCUAACCCUUUAAAAGUGCGUCUUCAGUUCCUGUGUUCAGCGGUCAUGACAAACCGGAACUGGGCCGUUUCCGAGUAGACUGUUAACAGUCCCCUAUUUUUCCGUAAGGUCGACGGGAUGGAGCACCUACCCUUACGGGCGGCCAUCUUAGUUUCAAAUGUAUCGAGUUUACGUAGGGGCGGGCGGGGGACGGUUUAAUCCCGACAAUUUUACAUGAAAAUAGAGGACUGGGAACAGUUUAAUUUUCCGAGAUACAGAAACAGCUUUUAAGACUCACAAAUUUGCACUUGUCUCCAGGCCCCAGUUGUUUAAAAGGUGGGUAAAUCUCUAUCCAGUGAAUAACGCAAUUGAUUUUCCAAAUACUUAUCCGCUAGAUAGUUAUUUACCCAGUGGAUAGCGCUAUCCAGCUUUUGAAAAACCGAGGCUGUGGACACUACCGCUGUCCAAGAUUUACGUUCUUGACAUCGUUUAAUUAUAGCCUUGAUAGUAGGCGCAUGAGCAAUUUAGGACGCAAGUAAGAUCGGGCCGCAAUGGAGGAGGACGCGCGCUGGCCUCGCUCUUCUUGCGUGUCGUACUCGCGCGUGAAUCGUUUAUCUCUCGCCACAGUUUUUUUGUACACCUGCCACUCAGCAGCCUAUCACGCAGGUGUUUUUAGGGGAUUCGAAUUAUCUCCCUCCCCACUGGCCACUGAAAUAAGAACCCCCUAAAAACCCUCCUUAGGGGGCUAGCCAGGCAGACUGUUAUCGUUUCUCUUUGGCAUCUUACUUAUCAUCGUGUGCACAAUGUCCUGGAGACUAGAAAACCAUAAUAACCGAAUGUUUAUUUAUUCAUUUAUUGAUCUUAACAGCGCGAUCCAAAGAUGCCACCGGGGGAGAUAACAUGGUAUCUGUCUUUAAAAGAAUAUUACAAGAAGAUGGUCCGCGUGGACUUUAUAGAGGUCUGGCACCUAACUUUAUGAAAGUUGCGCCCGCCGUUAGUAUUAGCUAUGUCGUGUACGAACAUUUGAGAAUGAGCCUUGGAGUUAUAUAACAGCCGCAGGAUAGCUUAGCAGAAGAUCAUAGUUUGUGGAGGGGAACUAUGAGUUAAUCAGAUGCUGGACUGCUGUACGUUCGUAAUUGGACAAAGUAAAAAGGAAGGCUUGUUUCGAGCAAGUUAUGUCCCGUGAACGAGGAAGUAAUAAUUGUAAUGACUUAACGCUUUAGAAAUUUAUAUUAGAUCUCACUUUUGUUUUACAAAACAAUUUUAACAUUCAAUUCUGAUUUCAUGGUAUUUUAUUUGAAAUAUUUGCUUACUUUUGAGGCGACCAAUCUAUCUCAAACGGGGGUAUUUAUGCGGUUUUUCUAGUGGCAAAUGUGAAAAAGGAAAAAUACAAGAAGUAAUUCCUUUUAAUGUGCGCAAUACAUUUCUUUCAAUUUGUUCACCGAAAGUGCCGGUUGCAUUAUAGUGACAAGUUUUUCUUGCGUGUAUUAUCGCUCACGAACGCGACAAAUUUUUACGUUUUUGAAAGCAAAUAGUUCCUCUGUUUGUUGCAACUUGACAAUUUAUCGCGUGAGUAAUCGAUGUGGUUGAAAGAUGGCUAUUUUUUUGGCUGUUUAUGCGAAGAAUCUUGGAGCAUGUUGAACGUGCUGGAUUUUUAACCAACGUCUUAAUCAAUUCUUCAAUGUAUUGCCCUCGGACUAACGUAUCAUCGAAGGCGAUGUAUGCUGUAAAUAACUGUAGGCUGUAAAGCGUUUUAUUUCUUUUCGAUGGAAAUUACCUUCCGUUGUAAGCAGUCAGUACGUUUAAGAAAGAAAACUGCAAUAAUCACAACUGCUGCAAGCAUCUUGGUACCCGUACUGGUUUCCGUACUGUAAGAGACUGUGGAGUCUAAAUCACGAACGUUCAGUGACUAAUUUGGACGGUCUACACGGCUCGACUCUUGAAGCCCAUGUGUACAGCCAGCUUCUCCCCUCAAACAAUUAGGGAGUUUAAGAUACCACUACGGCGACGGCCACGAAAACGUCUCCUAAAGAGUAAAUUUGCAUUCUUUAUAUCUCUAUCGCGAUUAGUUCAAUUCGCUUACUUUGUGAAAUGCAAGCGAACUCUCACGGAGCCGAAUUCCAAACAACCAUAUUCAAGUUCAGAUAGAGAAAGAAAAUUUCGUCGUCGCUUGUUUACGUCCCCUGUAAAACGUGAUAUUAGGCAUUUUAACGUCAUAGUCAUGUAGUGACGGUAAAGAAAUGUACAAAAAAGCGUUAUGCACUUGCAAAGUUGUUUUUCUGCCUAUUCAACGUAUUGCUUUUUUGACGUUCUCGUUGACGUCGCCGUCGUGUUAUCUUAAAAAAAUAUCCCUGAAAUCGGGGAGACGGUCCCUUUCCCCGAUUUUGUUUGAGGGGAGGAGGCGGCUGUACACAGGGUGGACCUUUGUUACAUGUUGUUAGGAGAACCCUUCGAAUUC